AUGGCGCAGCCCUCAGAACAAGCAGCAGCCUCACGCACAGCCUUCUCGCUCAACUCGCACGACACAGCGCUGGCCCUGAUUCCGCCACGGCACCUCUGGCCGCGCAUCGACCGCCUCCGCGCGCUUUACGAUAAGGCCUACCCCCGCUGGCCACCCCAUAUCAACCUGGUGUAUCCGUUUGUGCGGCCCGAGGCGCUGGCUGAUGCUGUGGAUCGGAUUGCCUCUGCGCUGGCAGGGUCACGCUCUGGCAAGGAGGCGGUAAAGGUGUGCUUAGAUCGCGCCGGUAUUUUCCACCACCCAAAGAAGGGGAGUAAUACCAUCUAUCUGGGCAGUGAUGGGGCGGAGGAGGAGGAGGGGUUGUGCAGGUUGCGGAAGGAGAUGAUAGGGUCGUUGGGAGUGGUCGAUGCCGAUACUGGGUACACGGCGCAUCUGACGGUGGCGCAGAGCGAGGAUGCCAAUUCCUCGGCGCACAAGUUUCUGGUGGAAAAGGUGAGAUCGGUGCCCAAGGUGAACUGGACUGCUGCGGAGCUGGCUGUGCUGGUGAGGGAGCGGACUGGGCACGGACAGAGCGUGAUGCGACUGUGGGGGGCGAUCGUGCUUGCCGAUGGGAGCGUGGAAAAGGGGGUCGGGUUGGGGACGUUCUAUGAGCAGUCCGGUGUGAAAAGGGAGGAUGGAGAGGAGGGCGAGGAAGAAGAAAACGAAGGCGUGGCGGAGAAGGACCAGCUCCAGAGCGGUCUGGCCUCCUAUUACUUUGACGAGGAAACCCUGCGAUGGAUGCCGUUUAGGCCUUCGACGCUGGACGCAGACGAGGAAGAGCGGAAAACUCUGGCGGUGGCAAGCUACAACGUCCUGGCCGAGUUCCACUGGCCGCCCUCGGAGACACGGUACCCCCUGCUUGUCAAGAACAUACUGGCCGAGAGCGCGGCAGCAGAUGUGUUAGUGCUGCAGGAGGUCACGGACGGCUUCCUGUCGUACCUCCUCGCCGACGACGGGAUCCGGGACGCAUACCCCUACUGCUCACACGGGCCACCGGAUCAGGACGACAUUGAGCCGCUGCCAGACUACCUCAACAUAGUCGUGCUGAGCAAGAUGGCCUUCGACUGGGAGUACGUCUCAUUUCACCGGAAACACAAGGGCGCAGUCGUAGCGCGCUUCGCGGCCCUCGGCCGGUCCGAGGGCGCCAAGAUUCCGCCCGUCAUCCUUGCGGCCAUCCACCUGAGCCAUGGCCUCACCGACGGCGCUGUCGCGGCCAAGAAGGCGGACAUCAAGCGGAUCACCGGCUAUCUGUCCCAGACAUAUCCCGGACACCCCUGGAUUCUGGCGGGCGACUUCAACGUCGCAACGUCUUGUGCCACGGUCGCCGCAGCUCUCAAGAAGAAAGCCAUCUCGGAGUUGACAGUUAGUCAUCUGUCCGGCCUCGACAAGCUGUUCGCCGAGGCGAAGCUGGACGACGCGUGGGCAGCAGCGGCACCGGCAGAAGGUAGAGACAGCUCCGCCGAUGUUGACGACGGCGAACGGGGUGCUACUUGGGACCCAACAGUGAACGGCGCAGCGGCCGCCAUGGCUGGUAGCAACGGCUACAUGCGGCCCCAGCGGUACGAUCGGAUCCUCGUUCGCGGUGAAGGCCUCUUCGAGAUCUCCAAGUUCAACAUGUUUGGCUCCUUGACCGAGAAGCUGGACGACGCUGGCUCCGAAGUGUUUGCCAGCGACCACUGGGGCAUCCGAUGCACCAUGGAUAUCAGGAGUCUUGGUGGCAACGUCUGCGAGCCUUCUGAGGAGAUUGCCGGCCUCGUUGUGCCCGUCCAACUCCAAAGGGCUCCGGAGCAUCUGGCGGGCGCGGGGAGUCUGGCGCAGUCUCUGGGCGAACUAGGCGUUAUUCCAGGCGUCGAAGAGAUCGCCAAGCGGAAGGAGGCACUCAACCUGCUGAGGGACGUCAUUCUCGACACACCCACACCCUACACAGCAGCAGAAACAAGGUCGCAGCCCACAGUGGUAGUGGUCCCUGUUGGAUCAUACGCUCUCGACGUCUGGACAUCGUCCUCGGACAUGGAUGUGCUGUGCAUCGGCCCCUUCAGCUCCAACACUUUCUUUGCCCUGGCGUCCCAGCGGCUCCGCAGGGCCGCCGCCCAGGGCAGCAAGAUCAGGAUGCUCCGCAGAGUCCGGGCUAAUACCGGCACCAUGCUCGAGAUCGAGGUACACGGCAUCAAGGUGGACCUGCAGUACUGCCCAGCUGCCACCGUCGCCGAGCGCUGGCCCGAUGUCCUCCGUGCACCGCCCUCUGACCCGGUCUGGUCCCUCUCGGCCCAGACACUCUCCAAGCUCAAAGCGAUCCGGGACAUCGACUACCUCCGCCGCUCCGUCCCGGACCUUGCCACCUUCCGGGCCGCCCACCGCGCCAUCAAGACAUGGGCGCGGUCCCGCGGACUCUACUCGGCCCGCUUUGGCUUCCUCAGCGGAAUCCAGAUCUCCAUCCUGCUCGCGCGCGUGCACAAGCUCAUCACGCGGGACGAGUCCGGCGCCUGCUCCGCCGAAGACCUGGUCGCCACCUUCUUUGCACACUACGCCGUGUUCCCCUGGGCCAGCAAACCCGCCUUCGACCCUUUCUUCCACCGCCACCACCUCGCCUACACCCGCAGCCCGCGCGAGCCGCUCGCCAUACUAGGCUUCUUCCCCCCGUCGCUGAACACCGCCGUGGCGGCAUCUAUGCCCUCGACUAAAGCCCUCGCUCAUGAACUCCGCCUUGCCGCUGACGCACUCUUAUCGCCGUCGUCGUCCUCUUCUUCCUCUUCUUCUCCUUGUCCUUGUCCUUCGUGGUCAACCUUCCUCUCCUCGCCAACCGCCACCCACAACUUCCUGACCGCGCACAGGUCCUACAUCCGCAUCGACAUCCAAUACUGGGGCCUAUCCCUGGGUCGAGGCGCGCAGCUGCUCGGCUGGCUGGAGUCGCGCUGUGUCGGGCUGCUCGUGGACCUGCAUCGACGAGCACCAGGGUUGGAUGCGAGGAUGUGGCCUGCUCGGGGCUGUUAUCUCAUUGGCCUGGCCAAGGCCGAUCCGGAUAUGGGCAAGGAAGAGCUGCAGCUUGCGCUCGGGGCGCUGCAGGGCGUGUUGGCCAGGUUCGAGACGCAGAUGCGUGCCGACGAGCGGUAUUUUGAUGCACGGAGCUGUUGGCUGAGCGCAGCGGUGGUGAACAAGGGGGAGCUAGGAGAGUUGGAGGUCGACCAGCGCGAGUGGGGGGAGUAUACACCGGGAGAGGAGGAAGAAGAAGAAGAGGACGAGGAAGAAGAGGCCGGGGCUGGGGCCGAGGCUGGAAAGGAGCUGGGCCAAGGUUCGGCGGCCGAGGGCUCCGAGGAAGACGAAUCGUGGCCCAAAAGAGAUAAAGGUAAAAAGAAAGGCGCCGCUGGUAGACGGCAGAUUGCCACGGUCGAUCUCCGCGCCGACAAGACGAAAAGGUUCCGCACCGCUGCCGACGUGAUGAACCGGAUCCGGUGGGACCCGCAGCUCGAUAGCAGCGACUACGUGAUCGGCUACGAGGACCGGUUCGCCGGCGCGCAGGAGAAGGCGCUAGAGGCGUGGAAGAGCGAGCAGACAGACGAGGAAUUCAUACCGCAGCAUCGGAUCCUUUACUUCCGGCGGAAGAGCGAUGGGAGGAAGAUCUGGGAUCGGCGGACAAGAUGGGAUGAGCUGUUUGGUGGCAAUGCGGCCUGA